CUUUUACUGGUAAAGUAACCAGAAAUACCUGUUGCUAAUGUGUUUUUAUGUUUCAUUUGAUGACAUUUAGAAGAGGAGUCAUGUCAGAAGAAACAGUGAGAGAAUCACAGUUUUCCUUGAAGACAGCGGCACUGAGAGUGUUUGAUCUUCCUCUGUCUUGGUACUAUUCUGUCUCCCAGAUCAGAUUUUCAUCAGUAGCUAAAAAAUUGUUUGUGGUAACUGCAGUGAGUACUGUAUCUAUAAUUUUUCUGGCCCAUCACUUUAAAAGACGACGUGGAAAGAAGAAAGGAAAAAUAUUGCCGUGGGAACCAGAGCACCUCAUACUUGAAUACACUAAAAGAGCAGUAUCAGACAAAGGUUCAAGUUGUUCCAGUAGUAGACAGAAUUUGACAUUAUCUUUAAGUUCUACCAAAGACAAAGGAUCUCAGUCUUGUAACUAUGUUAAUGGAGGACUUUUCAGUAAAUACUCGGGUUCUGCACAGAGUUUGGCUUCCGUCCAGAGUGUCAAUUCUUGUCAUAGCUGUGCUUGUGGCAAUUCUAACCCCUGGGACAAAGCAGAUGAAGAUGACAUUAAACUUGUUAAUAUUCCUGUGACCACUCCUGAGAACUUAUACUUAAUGGGUAUGGAAUUGUUUGAAGAGGCAUUGCGUCGAUGGGAACAAGCUCUAACCUUUCGCAAUAGACAGGCUGAAGAUGAGGCCUGCAGUUCCAUUAAACUGGGUGCAGGAGAUGCCAUUGCUGAAGAAAGUGUAGAUGAUAUUAUUAGUACUGAAUUUAUCCAUAAACUUGAAGCUUUGCUGCAAAGAGCAUAUCGUCUACAAGAGGAGUUUGAAGCCACCCUUGGGGCAUCUGAUCUUAACUCCCUUCCUAAUGAUAUUGAUAAAGAUACAGAUAUCACCAUGAAGGGGAAUGUGGAUGACUUUGGCCUGCGAGAUACCUUGAGUGUCGCAUCAACUGAUUCGUUUGCUUCAGCAGCAGAGCUUGCAGAACACAGAGAAGUACGGCAUGCCUACAGCCUGGAGUCUCUUUGCCACUGUCCUUUUUAUGAAGAAGCCAUGCAUUUAGUUGAAGAAGGAAAAAUUUACUCAAGAGUACUAAGAACUGAAAUGUUGGAGUGCCUAGGAGACAGUGAUUUUCUUGCCAAACUUCACUGUGUUCGACAGGCUUUUCAGGUAAUUCUUUCAGAAACAGCCAACAGGAUAUUCCUUGCUGAGAGUGGAAGGAAAAUUUUAUCGGCUUUAAUUCUGAAAGCACGAAAGAAUCCAAAGAAGUUUGAAGACGUUUUUGAUGAAAUGAUCUAUUUUUUAGAGCAGACUGAUCACUGGGAUAGUACUGAAAUGGAACUUGCUGCUAGAGGGGUUAAAAAUCUAAAUUUUUAUGAUGUUGUUCUGGAUUUUAUAUUGAUGGAUUCCUUUGAAGAUUUAGAAAAUCCACCCACAUCCAUACAGAAUGUAGUAAAUAAUCGCUGGCUCAACUCUUCCUUCAAAGAAACCGCUGUGGCUUCAAGUUGUUGGUCAGUUCUGAAACAGAAAAGGCAACAGAUGAAGAUCCCAGAUGGAUUUUUUGCCCAUUUUUAUGCUAUUUGUGAGCACAUCAGCCCAGUUCUAGCCUGGGGCUUUUUGGGUCCUAGAAAUUCUCUCUAUGAUUUAUGUUGCUUUUUUAAGAAUCAAGUUCUUUUCUUUCUCAAAGACAUUUUUGACUUUGAGAAGGUGCGCUAUUCAAGUAUAGAAACUUUGGCCGAAGACCUCAUGCAAAUACUCAUUCGCCGCACUGAUCUUUUAAUGGCCUAUCUUGGAGCAGAUGCCCUGAGGCAUGCAAGUAGUUGUAUAAGUGGUCAUGAUCAUGUUAUGUCCAGUGGUUUACUAGAAGCCAAAGUACAAUAAGUACCGUAAGAAUCAUACAGUUUGUAUGGCUGGCCAGUUAGCUCACUUGGUUAGAGCAUGGUGUUAUAACACCAAGGUCAAGGGUUUGGAUCCCCAUAUUGGCCAGCCACCAAAAAAAAGAGAAUUGUACAAUUUGAGUGUGCUAUGAAAUAUUUUAAGGUUGAUUUUGUAACAAAUAUUACAAAGUCAACAGAAUUGGUAGAUAUGGACUCAGGGAGGAAAAAAAUCUAAUAAAGAAUGAGUGACUAUAUUGUACUUACACAGACGUUCUGUCAUAGUGUAUUCGAAGCAGCUUUUUACAAUAUUUAGGUAAUAAUUUGAGUUGUGAAAUGUGUAUUUUACAGGAAUACUGCUUGAAUUGAGCCAGUACUUAGGAGUUAAUUUGUUGUCUUGAAGUUGUCUGAAAUGUCCAGUAUCAUUCUCAAAAGUUCUGUUGUUAUGCUUUGUACUGCAAUAUAUACACUUUAGCCAAGACCUUUGUAGCCCACCCACACUUGUAAAAAUAUAUUACUCCUAGUGUCAACAUAUUUAACUUUGCCUGAAAAUGUAUUUUUAAUUGUGAAAUUAUUCAUUUGUUUAAUCAAGUUUAGGCAGUAGUGGUGUUAAUAUGUACUGCUUACAUUAUUGCUUGUGCAUUUGCUUAUGUAUUUGAAUCAAAGAAAUUGUAAUCACUGAAGAAUAUUAUAAAACAUUUAAAUGAACUGACACUGAGAAGUUUACAAUUUGCAACUUUAUAUUAGAUUAACUGUAGUUUCCAAAAUAUGUUACUGUUAGUCCCAUCAGUUACAACAGAGAGACUGGAAAACUUUUUUUUUAUAUUUUUAUAGAUUACAACAAUUUUCCCUUGAAUGAAUAUUGAUUAAAAAUAUUAUAUUUAUUAACCAGGAAA